AUGGAAGAGCGGAAGAGAAGUAGAGGCAAGAGCGUGGAUGACGGAGGAGACGAUGAAGCGGAGCUCAUGGAAUCGGGGGAGCGCACGGUGAGAAAGGGGACGGUGAGGGGCGCCACGGCCAAGGCGCGCACGGCCAUCGUCUCCCAGGCGGUGGGCUACAGAAUCGAAGGCGGUGGACUCGACGCCGACAGUCAACACCCAGCUGCCUCCUCGUCCUCCUCCCCGGCGCCGGGCACCAUUAUCGACGAUGUGUUCGAUCUCGAGGGCAAAGACAACGACUACAAGUUCUACCAGACCAAAUUCUUCAACCAAGAGCAUCACAACCUGUUGUGCAAGGACUCGGAGAUCGGGCCGUGCUGUGUGUCGCUCAUCCACUCUGCCGCCAAGGGACGCUACCGCGCCCUUGUCCGCACGCCACAGGGUAAUCGGAGGAUGACGGUGAAGGACGACGACGUCAAGCCGGCCUGGUGGCGGAAGCUGUUCCGCAUGGGUCCCUCCCUGAACGAGGUGGUCAAGACACUCGAUCCAGCCCUCCCCGCCAACCUGCGCCACAUCAAAGCCGACGACCUCCCGGCCAAGAUCCUCACUAUCGAAGAAAAACAGAUGAUCCGAGGCUUCAAGUUUGGCAUUCUCUACGCCAAGGAGGGGCAGACGAAAGAGGACGAAAUGUUUGCCAACGCGAUGGAGAACGAAGCCCUCUUCAAGAAGGGCGACGAGUUCAAGCAGUUCUUCUACACCAAACUGUUGAAUGCCGAGAGGGCCAGCUACUGCGCGCCCAUCUUGGGAAACAAGCUCACGCGCACCCGCACAGCCCUCCUCAAGGAUCUCGCCGAGUCUUACAUGUGA